UGACCAGAAUUUCAGCUGUCGUGACACUGUUUCGCAAAAGCGAGCACUGAAGAACACCUAGCAUUGUCACAAUGAAAUCACGCUCAUCUACUGCCUCCAUCUUUUUGUACGUUGUCACCUUAUGCGGUCUCAUGUUUGAUGUCACUUCGUAUUCGCCAAAGUCGCCUGUCACGACGAAGCCGAACUUUUCACCCAGGGCCCCUCGGAACUCAAACGCUGCUGGAGAGGAAGUGUCCGUGCAUCGUAUUUUGGCGGAAGAAAGACGGAAACAGUGGAUUGAUCAGAGUCUCCAUUACUACACCAAGGUUAUGCGAGAAGAACGCAGACGGACCUUAGGUCAAGCUAAAAACUUCAACUCGGCCGACUACCAAGACGAUUUUAUGCUACUCGCCAAAAAGCACUACUUUGCUCUCCGUAAGAUUAAGGAUGGCAAGCCUGGCCAUGCGGAAACGAUCUACCGUCGUGUAAUAGACGAGCUUUCGGCUGAUGAUGAACACUGCGACCACGCGAAGUUGGCCGUGACGACCCUUCUGCUGGCGCUUCUGUUGCAGCGUCUAGGGGAUAUCAAGCAAACAAGAUCAGUUUUUCUCAACUUUUUUCGUAUCGCCGUUCUGGAAAGUGCCAAGGAUGAGGAGUGUGCCUGUUCAGCCAAAGUUUUGCAAGCUUACGCUCUUUUUGAAAUGAAGCAAGGUCACUCCUUGAAGAGUUUGGAUAUUGUCUGCAAGGCUGUGAAGCUUGAUCCUUCGUUGGCCCCUGUACUCCGAUGGAAGCAAUUCCGGGACGCAUUGGAGCGCCGUGCGGUGCAGCAAGUUUAAGAGAAAAAACCCCUUAUCCAAGUCCUUCAAUCCUCACAGAUUCCUAAUGUAAAAACAAUAGCUAUUUUAGAA